GAUCGGACAGAAGGGUAUACAUUGUGACAUAGUGCAGCUCCCAAAUAACUCUGGGAUGAACGAAGGAGAUGUUGGAAAGAUGUUGGAGCAAUAUCAGGAAUUUCCCAGAACCUACAGGAUCUAUGACUCCCAACAGAUGGUGUGGGUCCUGGCAGGAAAUUCUCUAAUAGCGGUGCCUGCUAGCAGCAAUGUCAAGCCUGUCAUUCUUAACUUGAUAGCAUGUAGAGACACAGAAUUCCAAGAUAAUGAAAAGGGUAAUCUAGUUUUUCUGGGAAUCAAGGGCAAAAACCUUUGCCUCUUCUGCGCUGAAAUCGGGGGCACACCGACUUUGGAGCUUAAGGAUGUAAGCAUCAUGGAAAUAUACAAAGAGGACAAAGCACAGAAAGACUUUCUCUUCUACCACAGCACAGAGGGCUCCACUUCUGCUUUCCAGUCAGUCUCCUAUCCUGGCUGGUUCAUAGCCACCCCUGCCAUAGCAAGGCAGACGGUCACCCUCACACAACAGAGGGGUGAAACUACUAGUACCAACUUCUACUUAGAGGCUGAAGAUUGAAGUCCAGCAUGGGCCAUAUGUGUGGCUGAGUCUAGGACAAAGAAUCAAAUGGAUGGAGAAUCCUUUACUUGAAAACACAGCAAGCCAUCGUAAAAGACCACCAUGUCACCUCUGCACCAGAUGUCCGUGUAGAAGUGUCACUCAUCUGAGCAUCAUUCCAGCGCGAAGCCCAAGCAUCACUUUUAUCCUUUUCUGUUCUCGCCCCACCAUCCGUUCAGCUACCAAGAACAGUCAAGUCACAGACUUACAUGCAACUAUCCCUCCCUGUAGUCACAGCAGCCCAUGGGGCAGAGGUGUGGAUUCCAGUGCAAAAUUCUUCCUUCUUAACUUUACAUAUGCUUAUUGUAAUAUGAUAAGUGCCUGAAGGGUAAAUACCAUGAA